CGUAAGAUGGAUCGGUAGCCUAUCGCGUGUCUGCCGCUUCAGUUCCCUCUUCUUAAUAUACCUCGUUAAGGCAAUACCCCAAGCCGGGAACGGGACUGAGAUACGUCCAACGGCAAGGGUAGUUAAGCAGAUUAUGAUGCGGCCUAUAUACCCGCAUAACCUCGCUACGAGGAGUCUAAUGCGUAACUGUAGAAUAAGGGGGAAUAGCCUCAAAUCGGUUGAUAGCGGCUGUAGACGAUAUGCUACAUCUAAGCGGCCGUCGUCAUCACCUCCACCGCCGCCGCCGCCAAAGCAGCAACGAGCAGCUCCAAAGCCGUUCCCCUUUCAACCCGUCAUAUCAAGGCCAAACUCGGCGCCAGAAUCCACACCUAAACCUAAACCUACGCCUUUUCCCUCUUCAUCAUCUUCGUCCUCUAAGGGGUCUCAAGACAAGAGGAGGCCAGUCUCAGAGCUACUGCGCGACUACUGGUUCCCUCUCUUCGGUGCCGGCGCCGGCGUGGUGUGCGUGAGUUUCUUCGCGUCGUCGCUAGUGUACUACUGGAGGACGCAGCCGCCCGAGCAUUGGACGCCCGGGCAAGAGCCCGAGACGCCUACAGGCCUUCCGACGAUCCAGUCGCCCCGGGAGUUCGACCAGCAUCUCGACAAGUCCGAGUGGCGCUUCGGUAUCACUAAGCUGCGGCGGCAGAUCGGCUCCGAGUUAGCCCACGGACACGUGCUCGAGGUCGCCGUUGGCGCCGGUCGCAACUUCGACUACUAUGAUUGGAGCGUAGUGACCGCCGGUCUGGAACCCGCCGAGGAGAAGGAAGAUUCAAGCUGGUUCGGCUGGUCCGUAAAAGGGGAAGGGAAGGAGAAACCAAAUAAUAUAAAGCAGAAAGGGGUCCAACCCCAAAAUGCAAAUGCCCUACUCAGCUUUACCGGCCUAGAUAUCUCUCCGCCCAUGCUAGACCUCGCACUGACGCGGAUCCGGCAAGUCGUACCGUUCAUGGCGGACCAAAUCCCCAAGAAACCAGUAUUCUCCAAGCUCGCCUCCAAGACGGCAGAUAAUAGCGAAGAAGGCAUCUCGCUAGCCAACAACCAUCUCCGGCUCCUCAAAGCUGACGCGCAGACAUCCCUCCCGCCUCCCCCAUCAUCAUCACCAUCUUCUUCUUCUUCCUCCUCCCCUCCCAAAAAAUACGACACCGUAAUCCAGACCUUCGGCCUCUGCAGCGUGCGAGACCCCGUGCUCCUCCUCUCCAACAUGGCCGCCGCCGUCAAGCCCGAGACCGGACGUAUCAUCCUCCUAGAGCACGGACGGAGCUGGUACGAGCUCGUGAACGGGCUUCUGGACCGCAGCGCGCGCAAGCAUUUCGAGCGCUUCGGGUGCUGGUGGAACCGAGACGUGGAGCUCGUCGUGCGUGCCGCCGAGCGCGCCGUCCCGGGCCUCGAGGUCGUGCGUCUCGAGCGUCCCGGCUGGGCCACACUUGGCACCCACGUCCUCGUCGAGAUGCGCGUGCGCGCGACCCCUGCAACGGCUCCCCCUGCUGCUGCUGCCCUUAGCAGCAAUGAGGCGGAGCAGGACUCGACGACGACGGGCACGAGUUGGUGGUCGUCGCUACUAUCUGUCAGUGGCAAGCCUAAGAAGGACGAUUAGAGUCAUCCAUCCUAGAGCAAGAGACUUCUACUGCGUAAAACUCUUUGGAUACUAUAACGGAACAUUACAAGUGUUCAUGUGUAUAAACGUUGUAUAACUUAUUCAAUCGAGCCAUCGCCUUGCUAUUAUUGGUACGAUACCUGCAAGCGAUAUACCCCUCCAACAAACCGCAGCUUGAAAAUCCCGCACUUAGGUAAAUAGCGCAUCUAACCAGCCAGCCUUUUAAUUCUCGCGGCUCUUUUCCCGGUCUUCUAAUUGUACAUAUCGAUACCCCUUUUCAGGAAAUCGAGUGGCAAAGGACAUCGCUAUGUUACCCUUCCCCUGCAUGUAUUUUUGUUAACCGCCGACAACCGUUUCAGUCCG